AUGUUUUUAUUAGAAAUUAUUGCUGCUACAAAACAAUCUGAAAUAUUUAGAAAUUCAAAAAAAUCUAAACUUACUACAAGAUAUACUUUUAAAGGAAAAGCAAUUUGUUUAAAUAUAUUUAAAAUUAUUUAUAGACUUGAAAAGUUGGAAAUAGAGCAAUAUCAUUUAAAACAGUUAUGA